AUGUCGAAGCUGAGGGAACACUCGAAGGUGGUGAACGUCACCAAGACAUCGAUCCUGGCAAUCCAACGUUUUGCUGAUGCUUUUAAUGCAGCGACUGACGAGGACAAGGUUUCGUUCCGCAUUCAGCGGCUCGAUGACCUCUUUGAGCGAUAUAUGACGGCUUCGGUUGACCUUGAGCUGUUAACCGAUGACGACGACAAAGUUGCGACACAAAACAUCACCAAGGAUAGGUCGGACGUCGAGGAACACUGUACGAUUCCACCAAGGUUACUGCAGCAAACUACAAAAUCACGUGGGAUCUGCUGGUGGAGCGGUUUGACCAACGCGAAAGAAUCGGCGGACGCCAUUUUGAAUUUGAUUGACCAGUUUGACCGCCAUGUUCGAAUUCUCAAGACAUUGGGCGAGUUGACUGACAAAUGGAGUCCACUCUUGGUGCACAUGGUGUGCACGCGGUUGGACCAGAGCACGCUGCGGGCAUGGGAAGUGUCCACCAAGGAAACAGUUGACGAAAUCCCUGCCUACCAAGACUUGGUCGAGUUUCUCCACGAACAGGCUCGUGUGUUGCAGUCCUUGAAAAGCGCAACAGUUUCCCCAAGUCCAGCUGCCCCUAAGGAAAAGUCCCGAUUCUCUGUCGCCCACGCCGCUACCAAGCCAGCUACGAACAUCCCUGGUUGUCCUGUCUGCUCGAAGUCCCAUCGCAUUUACGAAUGUGAUCAGUUCCGCCGCAUGACGGUGGAGCAACGACAGGAAGUCUCCUCGCAACCUCGAUACACUGCUGUCCCGCACAACACACCCAAGGGAAGUAGUUCGAGCUUUCAACCACACGCUACACGAGACACACAGUCCUCCCCCACCAAUACAAGCCCCCCUCACGCACCCACCACGCUGAAAGUGGAAGCCGCCUCUCCUGAGUCUCCCCGCGCGACUGCCCUGUCGGCAUCGCAAGGCUCGAAGGCGCAGCAAACUACCGUGCUGCUGUCCACGGCGGUAGUCAAGGUCCACGGACCUUCCCGAAAGAGCACCCUGGCGCGUGCUCUGCUGGACUCCUGUUCGGAAAUGAACUUCAUAACCGAACGAAUCGUUCAACUGCUUGGGUUGAACCGUGCGAAGCAAGUCACCACCAUCUGCGGUAUGGGUGGAGUCAAGACACAAAGCACGCACAGUACCGUCGCCAUGUUCAGCUUCCUCAACUCGUCGUUCUCUGAGACCCUGACCUUCACCAUUCUGCCCAAGAUCUCGAACAGUAUUCCCGCCAGACCUGUCGAUACAUCGCGGUGGAAUCUGUCCUCCCAACUGGUUCUGGCCGACCCUGGUUUCGCAACCCCCCAAAAGAUCGACAUGGUAAUCGGUGCCCAGCUGUUCUACGUUCUGCUUCAAGCAGGUCAAAUGUUCGUUGGUGAUGGUCCCGGUCGCUACCCAAUGCUCCAGCAGACUGUUUUCGGUUGGGUAGUCAGUGGUCCGGUGGUCCAAGAAGGGAUGAAGUCGGAGACUUCAAGCACUGCUAUGGUCUGCACCGCCGAUGAUCUCGAUCAGCGGCUCGCAAAGUUCUGGGAGGUUGAAACAUGCUACAGCCCUAGCUGUCUGUCCAAGGAAGAGUUGAUCUGCGAACGUCUCUUCGCCGAUACAACCACUCGAGAUGAGUCUGGUCGAUUCAUCGUUCGUCUCCCGAAAAAGCAACUAGCUCUGAGUCAACUUGGCGACUCAAAAUCCUCCGCUCUGUGCCGGUUGCGCUGGAUGCAGCGACGCUUAGAGAAAAAUCCCCACCUGAAAGAGCAAUAUGUCGAUUUCAUGCAAGAAUACCUCGACCUCGAGCACAUGGUUCCCGUAGACACGCCUCAAGACAAUACCCAAGAACCGCCAUUUUAUUUGCCACACCACGCGGUGGUUAAGCCUAGCAGCUCCACGACGAAGUGUCGCGUGGUUUUUGAUGGGUCCAGCAAGUCUUCUACGGGAAUAUCGCUGAACGACUGUUUGAUGGUAGGGCCAACGGUUCAAGACACCCUAUACUCCAUUGUGUUGCGUUUUCGAAUGCAAGAAGUUGCUCUGGUGGCGGACAUCACCAAAAUGUACCGCCAGAUUUGGGUACACCCAGACGAUCGCAGACUGCAGCGCAUUUUCUGGCAACAGCCCGCGGACCCGGAGGUCCGCGAGUAUGAGCUGACUACGGUCACAUACGGCACCGCCAGCGCGCCUUAUCUGGCCACGCGCUGCCUCAAGCAGCUCUCGUAUGACCACUCCGAGUCUGCGAACGACGCUGCUGCCAAAAUUGGGAGAGAUUUCUACGUGGACGAUCUCCUGAGCGGAGCACCCACGAUCGACGAAGCAGUGCAAGUUCGCGGUGAAGUCCAGAACAUCCUCGGUUCUGCCGGGUUCGAGUUGCGCAAAUGGGCAUCCAACUCUGCCGAGGUUCUCCGCCAAAUUCCCCCCGAGCUGCAAGAUGAACGCUCGCUUUUGGAAAUCGACAGUCCGUCCGACACCACAGUCAAAACUCUGGGCUUACUGUGGCACCCCGAAUCGGACACGUUCCGGUUCAAGGUUCCUGAGUUCUCGCUGGACGGUCCCGUCACGAAGCGUGCCGCGGAAUGGCAGACGUUCCGAGACGACUUGGCUGCUCUGAAGACCAUCUCCGUGCCCCGCCUUACAAAGGCUCCAGGCGCUGGUGACCAAGUCGAACUCCAAGGGUACUGUGACGCGUCCAACGACGCAUACGGUGCGUGCAUUUACAUCAAAAGCAAGGGAGCAGAUGGCAAGAUCUCAGUUAACCUACUGACAUCCAAAUCUCGGGUCGCGCACAUUCUACCGAUGCCGAUCCAGCGCUUAGAACUCUGUUCAGCCUUGCUCCUUGCCCACCUGUACUGCCAGGUGGUGGAGAGUCUGGGUCUCCAAAAUAUCACAACGUACCUCUGGACGGACUCCAUGGUGACCCUGCACCGACUGCGCGACACACCCGCAAACUAUGACACUUUCGAGAGAAAUCGGAUCGCGGAGAUCCAGCGCCUCACCGACGGCUGCAUCUGGGGUCACAUCGCCGGCAAGGACAACCCAGCCGAUAUCAUCUCACGUGGCGUCAGUCCCAGCGAGCUGAUCGAGAUGCCACUCUGGUGGCACAGCCCGCCGGAAACGGAAGAAAGCCCAACCAUGUUCGUCAUGCACGCUGUGCACGAUGAAGAAGACGUCCCUGCAGUGGCAGCGGCCGUCACAAGCCCCCCGGAAGCAGACGAAGAAGAGAACGAGCGGUAUUGGUUGUUCAAGUGGUAUUCCACAUUGACGACACUGUUGCGCACCGCAGCGUACUGCCGGAGAUUCGCUACUCUCUGCCGGCUGAAGCGAUCUGGCACACCCGCAACGCUUCCGCCGUACCUGACCUCUGACGAACUAUCGCAAUCCUUGAUCGGCCUGGUCAAGGUAGUCCAAGAUCAGAGUUUCCCGAAGGAGUCAACCUUAAUACGAGCUGGCAGGCUCGCCCAGCUGAAGAAGUCGUGGCGCUUCCUCGACCCAUUUGACGACGAAGGUGCACUCCGCGUUGGUGGCCGGCUGGACAACUCGGCUUACGCAUUCGGCCGAAAACACCCGCUGAUUCUCCCGGCGGAUCAUCCACUGACCGAGCUCAUUUUGGAGGAAACACACCAGCAACUUUUGCACGCUGGCCCGCGCUUGAUGAUCGCACACAUUCGCGAACGGUUCUGGCCGUUCAAUCUCCGUAACUUGGCACGGAAGAAGUUCAGAACCUGUCUACAGUGCUUCAAGGUCCAGCCUCAACUCGAAGGCCAGCUGAUGGGUCAGCUGCCGAAGGUCCGCAUAACCCCGGCCCGUCCGUUUCUCAACACGGGUGUUGACUUCUGUGGACCAGUCUGGAUCAAGCAAUCGACGCGGCGAGGCAGAGCGGUCCCCCCAGUGCGUGCCUACAUCGCGCUGUUUGUGUGUAUGGCAACGAAAGCAACACACAUCGAACUGGUCAGCGAUCUCAGCACCGAAGGAUUCAUCGCCGCGCUGAGACGAUUUGUGGCCCGCAGAGGACGCCCCCUCAGUCUGUACUGCGACAACGCAACCAAUUUUACUGGGGCAGAAAAGGAACUGAAACUGCUGCUCAACCAAUUUCUGGACCAACAAUUCCGCGAGAAGGUGUCGGCGUACUGCGCGGAAUCGACCAUCCAGUUCCACUUCAUCCCAGCGCGCGCUCCUACGUUCGGUGGCCUAUGGGAGGCCGCAGUACGAGCGCUGAAGCAUCACAUCCGUCGAGUCGUAGGCACAGAAGCUCUCACCACUGAAGCCAUGCAGACGGUGCUCUGCCAGAUCGAGAGCUGUCUCAACUCGCGGCCGCUGACGGCCGUCUCGGAAAGCCCCAACGACGUGACUGCCAUCACACCCGGACACUUCCUGGUCGGCUCCGCUCUACAAUCGAUUCCUGAGCCCGACCUCUCCGGUGUCCCCACCAACCGGUUAUCGCUGUGGCAAGCGAUUCAACGGAAGACCCAGCAGUUCUGGAAACUGUGGACAACAGACUAUCUUCACCAGCUCCAGCAACGCACCAAGAACCUGUACCGGCAGCCGAACCUCCUCGUCGGCAAGCUGGUCCUCCUGAAGGAAGACAACCUUCCACCCCUCCGGUGGAGCAUGGGCCGCAUCACCGCAGUUCGUCCUGGUCCGGACGGACUGGUACGGGUCGUAAGCGUCAAGGUUCCGUCGGGCGCUGUCUACGACCGGCCGGUCGUGAAAGUGUGCCUGCUCCCGAUCAACGAUCUCUCACCAGCGGACAACCCAGAAGACGACGAGUCAGCCAGCCAGCCGGCGACCUCCGAAGACGAACAGUGA